GGAUAGGCAAAAUUUAAAUAUUGUGAAUUUUUAAUUUUUAAUUUUCUAAUACGGAAUUUAUAAAGUGGCAAAGCACUUACAUGGCCAGUGGCAAGUCAUAACUCAUAACCUAUUGCUGAAAAUUUCGCAUUCUAAUUAUUUCUAUUUUCUAAGCAAUUCGCACGUAGUUCAAUAACUUUAACGCAACAAGAAAUAUUUCAAUAAGUUUACUGUUUUAAGUGGGCCAAGAUUAGUAAGUUUUUGAAACUUUACUGUUACAAAGAAUAAGUGGGUAAAGUUCUCCUAUAUGUCGUGAAAAUAACCCAUUUUAGAGCCACAAAUCCUGACAUUCUUGUCAGUAAUUUCAUGAAUUAAAAAAUUAAGCUAGUUCUAAUUCCCACCCUUUUAGCUAACUAAUUAGUUUUUCACUUCCUGUUACAUUGGUGUAAGAUGAUAUGUGGUUCAUUUUUCCGUUUGUACUUGAAGCUAUAUUGAAUUUUCAUUCUUUUUAAAAAAUGCAAGGCCUUCAACGUUUGCAGGUUUCUUGUCCCAAUCUGGAAGAGCUAACGCUCAUCAGUGACGCUGAAAGCAUACUACUCUAUGCUCUCACCAACUUCCAACUGGCUACUUCAGUAAACUUAAAAAAUUACACAUACGGGGUUGUGACAAAUUGAGAAACUUGAUGUCUCCAUCAGUGGCCAGAGGUGCUCUAAAUUUCCAAAUACUUAGAAUAAACGAAUGUCCAUUAAUGGAAGAAGGGAUCACAGAAGAGGAACAACAAGGAGAAGAAAUGAGUAAUGAGCCCUUAUUUCCCCGGUUGGAAAAGCUGAAGCUUGGAUAUCUACCGAAGCUGGGGCAUUUCUUUCUGACAAAGUGUGCUCUUGAAUUUCCAUUUCUCAGAAGAGUGGACAUUAGAAACUGCCCUGAAAUGAAGACGUUUAUCCAGCUGGGAUCUGUGAGUACACCAAAUUUGAAAUAUUUGUCAGUAGAAGAAUGGAUCGAAGAUGCUGAGAUGAAAAGUGAUCUCAAUAUUGCGAUACAACAGAGGUUCAAUUCUAAGUCUCUACUCCCAGGAACAAGAAACUAGCAAGUGAUCAUGGCAGAAACUAGUGUUGUCUAUGAAUCCGAAGCUAGGGAGGUAAUAAGUACUCGAUGAAAUAGUUGAAGUGUGUGCAAGUUAGCUAGAAAGAUCACCUGAUAUUUGUGCUUAUGGGGGUAACAAGCAGCGGCGGAUCUACAAUAGUGUAACCUAUGGAACUCAAUAGCUUUUACCUAGAGACUUUGUAUUGUAUUAGUUAAAUUCUAGUAAAUAAUUGACUGUAAACGCAGUUAUUAUUGUAUAUUAACCUGAGGUCGUUCUAGGUUCUAUAAGCUUCAAAUUCUAAAUCAACCUCUGGUUCUAAAUUCUUCUUUCAUUAUAUUUAGCUUCUAAUAUGUAGAUUUAUUUGUCAUGCAUAUCAUAUUGC